AAGCAGCCGUGUACGGAACGACGAACGACGAAAGUCUCUCGCUGACAGCUAGGAGCAGGAUAGCAAGGAUACAGACACGUGGCGUGGCGUGGAAAACCCCCCUCUAGAGGACGAAAAAAGCACUGCACGCGAGUGGAGAGUGAGCGCAGAGUACGGAACGGAGUAGAGAGAGCCUGGAGCGCAGAGUUUCUGCUGUAGCCGCAAGAAGGAUAAAGUUUUCUUUCCGCAUCGGAUGUAUGUGCCCCGCCCAGAGUGGUGUUGGAACGAGCAUUGACGGCAAAGGAUUUUCUAAAUUUUGUUCAUUAUUCGGCAAGAAAAUUGGAUCUUCAGCGUUGAAAGCCAAAAGAUACCAUCUGUAUUAGAUUUGAAUUUUAAUUGGAUUCAAAUUUAAAUUAGUAGUCAUUUUUUGUGGAAAACUGCAGUCAAAUAGUUGUAUCUGUGUUUGGUACACAUCGGGAGAAGAGAGAAUUCUUCAUUGUGUAUUUGUGUGUACGUGCGACGCAAGGAUCUCCCCACGAUAUCCUGGAGAGUAGCGUGUUCAGUUGUGCCGCAGUCGUUGAAGAACAGUAACGUGAAGCCCGUGUGCCGAGAAGAAAACGUGUGUGUCCGUGAAGAACCCUCUAAAGUCACAUACGGUGCCCCACAGCCUGGACAGUCUGAGGUGAAAAAUAGCCAGCCAGCGCAGUUGAGUCACCGCCGAGUGGAUUUAUCCCCUUUCACACAGUUAGUUUACACACAAAACUCGAAGACAAAAUGUUGAUUGGAUUAGUCCGAGAUUCGGUGAUGCAGUGCUUCUGCCACACGUGCCGAGCCCCGAUCCUGCCGGCAGUCAAUCGACGAUCUGCGCCCAUGAAGAAACCGACCAAAGCCCGAACAAAGCAGCCAAAAGCGUCCAAGAAGGUGAAAUUUAUCACGACCGAAAUCCGGUGCCAGGAAAAGUCCAAGGGUGGCCUCUGCUACGAGGUGAUCCUGGCCGAGCCGACCAUCAACGUGACGCUGCCGAAGCUGCCGCCGACGCCCGGCAAGCCGAUGUCCGCCGAGGAGAUCGAGGAGAAGCUGAAGGCGGCCGAGGAGCGGCGCCUCUCGCUCGAGGCCAAAAAGAUGGCCGACUGGUCCGCCAAGAUGGCCAAGAUCGAGGAAGCCACGCGCAAGAAGGACGAGCUGGACAAGGAGUUCAAGACGCACUCGAAGGUGGUGCUCGAGCAGAAGAUGGAACAGUACGAGGAGAAGCGGGAAGCGCAAAUUAGCGAGAUCAAGGAGAAGCUAAAGAUGCACGCGGCCGAAAUCGAAAAGACGCGGCACAGCCUCGAGCACACCAAGUCGGAGGAACUGCAGAAGCAGCUGGAGGAGAAGCUGCGAACCGCGGCCACGUUGCGGGACGACAAGAUCAAGAAGAUUCUGGACCGAUUAAAGGAGCAUAACACGGACAAGCUGAACGAGGUGCGAGCCACCGUCGAUCUGCUCGAGUCGCAAAAGUCCGAGGAGAAGACCCGCAUUAUCGAGAACAAACUGUCCACCGCCGAGCAGAACCGCGAGAAGGAGCUCCAGAAGAAGCUGGAAACGCUCCGCAAACACGAACGACGCGCGGAGAUUGUGCGCCAGAACAAGGCCGCCCUCGCCUCCCAAAAGGACGAGGACAACGUCAACGUCACCGCAUCAUCCGGUUAGAUUCGCACCCGGGUACCAUCGAACGAGCUUCCUUCUCUUUAUUAGCAACACCCACACACCCAUACACACGUACUGUUUUUUCUCCAAUCGAUCAAGACACACCAAAAUCUCAACAACUGAUGUAACCUUUCACAUUACCUGUUCGUUCACCACUGGAGAAGAAGAAGAAGAAGAAGAAAAGGAAAAAUCCGCACACAAAAAUGCAAUUCUGCUCCUCCUGCUCUCUCUAUCUCUCUUUCUCUCAUACACCCCUUUGUCACUCACCUGAUAGAUAUCGCAGCAAACGGAAGUGAGUCCGGAAAACUAAUGUAAAACGGAAGUUGAAACAAACAUGCUAGGGCGAAAGCGGAAGUUCAAUAACGCAGAGAGAAUUUAAAUUAACAAAUAUACAAAUUAAAGAAACAAUAUAACCAAAAUCGCAGAACAGCAAAAGAAGAAGGCAUUGACACCAGCAGCGCGCGCAGCAGUUUUAAAAAAGGAGUUGAAAACUUGAACUUGCACAGAGAGAGAAAAUAAAUCACACAACAAUAGGUAGAUAGAACCAAACCAACAACGUUUCUUGCAAAGAAAGGGUUGCUAAAUACUAAAUGAACAAACCAAACGUGAAAUAUUGCUACUUUUUUAAACAAGCUAAACAGAACACACACAAAACACGAAAAUCUAGGCUACGCGAAGGACAUUGAAAGAAGUUACUAAAAAAUUAUGAAUACAUUUACACAGUUACACAAACACAUAGACACACACACAAACACACUAAACAACACAGUUUUUUUCCACUAUCACGGCAUACUAAUAAAAGCAAGAUGGCAUAAAGAACAAGUUUAGUUUUCUGUUUAGGGGAGGAAGCCCCGAACUUAAAAGUGGUAAUAAAAAAAACUUAAAUAAAUGUUAAAACCUUUGUAACUCCAAUAGCCUGAUCGUUUGUAAAAUGAAGCGAUUCUGAGUGGUUUUGAACUGUUUAGUUAUGCUUUUAUUUUUCACACUUAAAUGACGCACCAAAAGAAGGGGAGAACAAACUUGAAAACUGCCCAACCAGAAUAGAAAAAAGAACCUCCAACAAAAAGAUUGAAAUAAAAUACAGUCCAUAGAAAGAGAGAAAUAAAAAGUAAAAAAUUCUAGCAACCAGUAAAAAUCAUUAAAAUUAAACUGCAAAUUUGAGUAUAUCGAUGAUUUGGUUUGAUUUCUAGUGCCAUCUUUUGAGUCUGGCUGUUUGUUUCAAAAAUAACUUGGUCUAUCUUGGAAGGAAAGUAAAUUGCCGAAUGAAUUGAUCGAUUGAACUGUGAAAGAUUAGGAGAUUGCCAGCGUGGAAAGAAGGAGCCGAAGCCAUAAAGUGAGGAAGCGAGUUUGUGUUGAAAUUAAUUUUAAAACCUAACUCUUAAUUGUAAGCUAACACACACACUAUUGAUUAUUAUUAAACAAAAUAACACAGCAACAAAAAAUGGGAAAAUGCAAACAAAAAAAAACUUACCGAUAAAACACCAUUAAAAAGAAAACACACACACAAGACAAACAAACAAAAUAUUAUUAUAUACUUACAUUCAUAUUACAUCGCCUCUGUGCCGCCUUUUAUGCAUUCUUUAAUUCUAAUAUCAAUUAACGAUAAUUAUAUUUAUACCUGGUAAGAACACAUUAUUGCCCACGAUCGUGGUCGCCCAAUUUCUGUUUUCAGUCCCAACCCCCCCGCGAGAGUUUUACAGAGCAGCACGCAAACCCCCCUUAAUUAUGCCGCAUAUAAGUUGUGCUUGAGUCGAGUCGAGAAAACGGAACAAAAAUUGAUACGAAAUGUCUGUUUGCCAGCAGCGAGCGAAUUGAUGAAUGUGCGCGCGCCAUAAAUUUGCGAUCGUAACCAUGUGUGAAUAUAGGAAUGAAGCGGGAAGUGAAAAGCGGAAAAGUGAGGCUAGGAAUUAAAAUAAGUGCUAAAUUUUGUGAGCAAACCGCCCGCCUUGUGUAACAUAUAUAAUAAAUUAAUCGAACAAAAAUCGCCAUUAUCGCUUUGUCAGUAUUUCACAACUUGAAAAAAUAUUUUUGUUUUUGCCUUUCUAUUUUAUCUUUCCCAAAUAUGUUUUGUAACGUUGGUUUGCGUCGCGCUUCGCCGAGUUUGCCAGAGAAGAAUUAAAAAGUUGGAAUAAAUAAAUAACACACACUUUUGUGAGCGCAGAACCGUACCAGUAGUUAGUCCCACUCCGGACAAUAAUAUGCUUUAUUUGAAAUCAACCGAAAGAAAAGAAAAGCAGGAAGCGAUCCCAUGAACGGAACGUUUUGCGUUGUGCUUGAGAGAUUAAAAUUGCAAAACAAAAUCAACCAACAAAAAUAAGAAGGUAUUUAAUACAUUAGCUCAAAGGUAACAAAGUGGUGUAGCGAUCAAUGUGCACGCGAGCGCGCCCGCGCAAAUUGACUUGAACAAGAGAGAAAAAAAAAUCGGAACGGAACUGGAGACUGGUUUACAGAAACAAAAAAAGUAAAUGGAAAAAAAUAAGGACAAAUUAAAAGAGUGCUUAAAGGACAAUUUAUUUUCGUAUCGCUUUACUCUUUAGUUGGACGCUUCUUGUCGGAACAUUAAUUAAACUAACAAAAAAACACGGCGUAAGAAUUGAUCCUGCGAUCCUCCUGCGGAGAGGACGAUCGAUUCCGAACGCUCUAUAUAUCCACUUGAUAGUAACAAAAAGAAAGGAAAAAAAACAUGCAAAAAGAAUCUCUUUAAAUACAAACAAACAAGUAAAAACAAAAGUGUAUCAAAACUUAUCUAUUGAAAAAAACAAAAAAAAAGCGAAUAUACAACUAUCAUGAUUAAAAAAUAUAUACUACAAUAUAUAGCACAAGCAAGCUUCUGUGAUGGGUUUCAUUCAUAUUUUUAAAA